GCGGGCGGGCGGGAGCGGGCGCGCGGCGGGGCGGCCAUGGAGGAGGUGUGCGCCAGGUUCGUGUCGCAGAAGAUCAGCAGGACCCGCUGGCGGCCCCUGCCCGCCGCCGCGCUCCAGCCCCCCGACCUCUUCGCCACGGGCUCCUGGGACAACGAGGAUAACAGGAUCUCCAUUUGGUCUGUUGGAGAUCUCGGAAAUGGGGGUCUCAAUGGUGACUAUCAAGGAGAACCUCAGCUGCUGUGUGACAUCAGGCACAACGGUGAUGUUAUGGACAUGCAGUUUUUGGAUCAAGAGAAAAUUGUGGUUGCCUCAUCAACAGGAGCUGUAACUAUAUUCCGUCAUCAUCAAAAUAACCAGACUUUAUCUGCCAACCAGCGGUGGGAGAAAGCCCAUUAUCAUGUGGAUCAAAGCACAUCUUGUGGUGGAGCAGCAUGUACUGGAGUCAUCUGCAACAACCCAGAAAUUGUCACUGUUGGAGAAGAUGGCAGAAUAAAUCACUUCAGAGCUGACCAAAAGGAUCCAGUAAGAACUAUAGACAAUGCAGACAGCAGUACGCUCCAUGCAGUGACUUUCCUUCGUACAACUGAGAUCUUGACAGUAAAUUCAAUUGGACAGUUAAAAAUAUGGGACCUCAGACAGCAAAGAAAUGAGCCAUCUCAAAUAUUUUCUUUGACAGGUGACAGAGUUCCACUGCACUGUGUGGACAGGCAUCCCAAUCAGCAGCAUAUUGUGGCCACAGGGGGCCAGGAUGGGAUGCUGAGUAUAUGGGACAUCAGGCAGGGUACUAUGCCAGUGUCCCUGCUAAACGCUCAUGAAGCAGAAAUGUGGGAAGUUCAUUUCCAUCCCUCCAACCCUGAUCACUUAUUUACGUGUUCUGAAGAUGGAUCUCUUUGGCACUGGGACACUUCCACAGAUGUAUCUGAAAAACCAUCUUUUCUUCAUCAAGGAGGAAGAAGUACUACCUAUUUUUCUCACAAUACCAUUAACCAGUCUGUAGUAAGUGCCUGGCUAAGCAAUGAUCCUACCAAAGACCGCAUGGAAAUCACCAACUUAAUUCCAAAUCAGACUUUGUCUGUGAAUAGUUUAGAUGUUUUAGGACCAUGCCUAGUAUAUGGUACUGAUGCAGAGGCUAUUUAUGUGAACAGACAACUUUUUGCAUGAGAUGACUCCAGUAUCUCUUUGAUAGUACUGAUCACCUUGAAUUACUGGGAAAUGUCAGGUUUUUUAUUUAUGAUACUCAUGAGUUUGUUAUCAGUGGGUGAGGGAGAGGCCUGUUGUGUGGCCCUGGUACUGCGGAAGAAAUGUAAGGUACCUCAGAUUCUGAAAGCUGUCAAUUGUUAUUGAUCCUCCAGGAUGGGUAACUCAUUUCUUCCCUGAUGUCUUUUUGGUAAGCAGGAAGGUAGUCACUUGGGCAAGAUAAUUGCUGUAAAGUGAUGUCUGUAAUACACACGUGCCAACAAAGUGAAGAAAAGGUAAACUUUCAAUCGUUCUUUCCUCAGUAAAGAUGUUUUUCAGGUAUUAAUUCUAAGGCCAGACUGUGGGGUUCCUUGGAAUUCUUUCUGUCCCCUGAGAUGGGUUUUUUUAAUCUGAGUUUUUUAUAUAUUAUGGGGACAUAACUUUUUAUCUUAAUUCAUGAGAAUUGUAAAGGAAGACUGUUAAAGCCUGUGAAAUGUGGAAGGUUCUAUAAGAAUCUUAGCAUUUUGAUAUCAUUAUUUUGGAUUACUUACAGCUUCAUCAUGGAUGCUAAAUACUGAAAUUUGAUCAUGAUAAUAUGCUGGUAACUCAGUAGAAAAGGUGGGAUUUUUUUAAUAUUUAAGAGGUCAUAAUUUACAGAUGUGUUGGCUGUGUUUUCAGGUGUGAGACUAAGACUUGCUGAACUUAAUACAUAGUGUUUGUCACCACCAAAAUUUCAAAUCUGGUCUGUUGCAAUCUUUGGAAAGUUAAAUUUUAUGUUAGUGUGUACCUACCUCCUGUUGCAGAGGACCCUUUAUCUUUUUAAUAAAAAGCUUUGUUCAAGAA